GGUACCAAGGGCUCGAUCGGCCAAGCGGGGCCGGUUGGCGAACAAGGCAUGAGAGGGCCACAGGGUCCACCCGGCCAGAUUGGCACACCAGGCAUAAGAGGAGAGCAGGGAGUUCCUGGACCAAGGGGCUCCAACUCUGUUUCACUCUCUCGUAACACACUCCUCCAGCUGGUGGUGGACCCCCAGGACCCCCAGGAGAGCGGGGCAGGAUCGGUCCCCUGGGCCGAAAGGGUGAGCCUGGAAACCCUGGACCCAAAGGAUCAAAUGGACAGCAGGGCUCACGAGGAGAGAUGGGUGAUGAUGGUCGAGAUGGCAUUGGUGGCCCAGGUCCUAAAGGCAGAAAGGGUGGACCUGGUGACCGUGGCGGUGCUGGAGGCCCCGGCCCUAAAGGAAACAGAGGCCGCAGAGGAAAUGCAGGAGAUCCUGGGACACCCGGUCAGAAAGGAGAGGUUGGAUACCCUGGACCUUCUGGACUUAAAGGCGAUAAAGGAGAAUCCAGAGAUCUUGCUGCUAUGGACAUGGUCCUUGCACCCUGAUAACUAUUUGGGGCACUAUUUGUUCCCAACGGAUAUUUCUGCAGGUCCCAAGGAGUGCCCCGUCUUCCCAACCGAGCUGGCCUUUGCUAUCGACACCUCCUCGGGCGUCGUGAGGGAUGUUUUCAACAGGAUGAAGCAAACGGUGCUCAGAGUGGUCAACAACCUAACCAUCGCUGAGAGCAACUGUCCUCGGGGUGCCCGGGUGGCUCUGGUCACUUACAACAAUGAGGUCACCACAGAGAUCCGCUUUGCUGAUGCCAGGAAGAAAUCAAGCCUCCUCCAGCAGAUCCAAAACUUCCAGGCGACCCUGACCACGAAGCCACGCAGCCUGGAGACCGCCAUGUCCUUUGUGGCCAGGAAUACCUUCAAGCGUGCCCGAAGCGGCUUCCUUAUGAGGAAGGUGGCUGUCUUUUUCAGCAACGGGGACACAAGAGCCUCCGCGCAGCUCAACGACGCCGUGCUGAAACUCUACGAUGCUGGGGUCAUGCCCGUGUUCCUCACCAGCCGGCAGGACCCGGUUCUCACCAGAGCUCUGGAGAUCAACAACACAGCGGUUGGACACGCAAUUGUUCUUCCAACCAGUGCCAGUCAGCUGAAUGAAACCAUCCGGAGGCUCUUGACUUGUCACAUUUGUCUGGAUGUGUGUGACCCUGAUCCCAUCUGUGGCUUUGGUAGUCAGAGACCUGUAUUCAGAGACAGAAGGGCAGCCCCAACAGAUGUAGACAUUGACAUAGCCUUCAUCAUGGAUAGCUCGGAGUCCACCAGCCCUCUGCAGUUCAAUGAGAUGAAGAAGUACAUUGCCCACCUCGUAAGUAACCUGGAAAUCAGCUCUGAGCCAAAAGUAUCUCAGCACCACGCAAGAGUGGCAGUUCUCCAGCAAGCUCCUUAUGAAUAUGAAACCAACUCAAGCUUCCCACCAGUAAAAACUGAGUUUUCACUAACUGAUUAUGGAUCCAAAGAGAAGAUCAUUAAUUACCUUCACAACCAAAUGACCCAGCUCCAUGGCACGAGGGCUAUAGGACAUGCAAUUGAACACACAAUGGCUCAUAUUUUCGAAAGUGCACCAAACCCUCGGGAUCUAAAAGUCAUAGUUCUGAUGAUGACCGGAAAAGUGAAUAAACAAGAACUUGAGUACCUGCAGAAGGUUGUUAUCAAUGCAAAAUGCCAAGGGUACUUCUUCGUUGUCUUGGGCCUUGGCAGGAAGGUGAAUGCCAAGAAUAUCUACAGCCUAGCUAGUGAGCCAAACGAUGUGUUCUUCAAAUUGGUUGAUAAGCCAGGAGAGCUUCACGAAGAGCCCUUACUACGCUUCGGGAGACUGCUACCGUCUUUUAUCAGAAAUGACUUUGCUUUCCACCUGGCUCCAGAAAUAAGGAAACAGUGCGAGUGGUUGCAGAGCGAUCAGCAAACCAAGAGCCCGAGCCCCGGGCAUGGCGGGCACAAAGCAGUGUACGUGGCACCCAACACAACCACAAGCCGGACCCUCAGCACCAGCACCACGGUCAGUGCGAGCAUCAAGCCUGUUGCGAGCACCAACACCCGUGCCAAAACCACCACUGCCAGCACCACGGCCCAGACCAGAGCCACCGACCAGACCACAACCAGCACCGUGGUCCAGGUGAAUGCCACCGUGCAGAGCGCGGCAAGCACUGCCACCCAGACCAAAGCCACCGGCCGCACCACCACGAGCACCACGGCUGCCGCAGCAGUCGGCAGGAGAAGACAAGGCGCAAAGACCCACGACAUCCAGAUCACGGACGUCACCGAGAACAGUGCCAGGCUGCGCUGGGCCAGCCCCGAGCAUCACAACGCCUACACUUUUGAUAUCACCAUCACCUUAGCGCACGACCACUCUCUCGUGCAGAAGCAAAACCUGACCGGCACUGAGCAUGUGAUCCGAGGACUCAGAAGCGGACAGAAGUACCUUGUCGUCAUUACCGGCUACCAGAAAUCCCAACCCAAAGUAACCUACACAGGGACAUUCAGCACAAAGACCCUGGCGCAGACCAAGGUGUCCCUGGCCAACAUGAUGCUCAACACCGAGCCGCUGGAAGGGCCCGAGAACGAUUGGCCAGACCCUUGCUUGCUGGACUUUGACAUGGGCAUGCAGUGCAAGGACUAUCAGAUUGUGUGGUUCUUUGACUACAAAACCAAGAUCUGCAGCCAGGGUUGGUAUGGUGGCUGCGGUGGUAAUGCCAAUAGAUUUGAGGCCGAAGCUGAGUGCAUUAGCAAAUGCUUAAGACCAUCAGCAGCCGAGAAAGCCAUGCAGCAGCCACCCCUUGAGAAAAGAUUAUCGACAGUCAUGGAUAUCUGCCGGCUGCAAAAAGAUGAGGGGACCUGCAGGAACUUUGUGCUGAAAUGGUACUACGACCCCGAGACCGAGAGCUGCGCCCGGUUCUGGUACGGCAGCUGCGGAGGCAACGAGAACAGAUUUAACACACAGAAAGAAUGUGAAAAAGUUUGCAUCCCUGGGAACAUCAAGCCCGGCGUGGUGACAACGAUAGGAACAUAGAGCCAGCGACCUGGCAACACAUACCUCUGAGACAGCCAGGAGCAUCCGCCGUUGCCACCUUACCCCUAUAGAAGCUAAGGGUAUAGACUACCUUGCACUGUACUAUUUCAUGCUUUUACCUUCCAAAGCAAACCUUGAAGAAAGUGUUUUGCUGCAUGACCUAUCAAUAUGGUGCUAAACUGUUUGUGGACUGAGUGCUACAUGUGUCCGGGUUAUAUUGUAUAGCUUCAACAUUACCAAAUAUUUACCUAAUUGCAGAUUGUUCUUGUCUCUCAACGUGUCUCUAAAUUACCCUUUCUUUCCGAUUCCGGCAGUCCGCCUAUCUAAGGCACUGUAAAAAUGAGACAAAAAAAAAAAAAAAUUCAUAAUAAUUUCAGUGCAACUGUUACGUGCUUGCUUUUAUCAUUUUCAUAACUGAGCAUAACUUUACAGGGGAAGCCUUCGUGUAAGAGAGUAGCUAAUUCUGAUAAACAAGUGGUUCACUUUUUCAUUCUUCCCUUUUUUUUUUUUUUCUCCUUUUGCUGGAUUAGAUUUCAAACUAGAUCUCUUGUAUGCAUUUGUAACAUAUGUGGCCAACCGAACUAG